UGAUAGGUGGCGGUAAUGAGUCACUCAAAAGUAUGGUGUUCGUAAACCCCUAAAAAGAAAAAGAAAACGAACAUUCAAAGAAGAAGAAAAUACAACAGCAAUGGCGUCUGUGGCUCGCCAGGGUUCUGGACUGGCGGCAAAAACAGGACUGACAGGUUUUCUGCAGAGAGUGUCUUGCUCAUGGAGUUCCGGUGCUCCUCCUGCACAUGUAUGUCGGCAGCGCCGACAGUUCUUCUGGAAAAAGUGGAAAAGUUCUUCAAGUGUUGUCCGGCCAGCUACUGUUCGACCGUCUUAUCCAGUUCCAGAGCACAUACAGCGGCCUGACUACGUUACCUCCGGACUGGUCCCAGAAUGGCCUGAUUACAUCGAAAUCAAAAACCAAGAGCAGAUUGAAGGCCUCACCAGAGCGUGUCAACUAGCAAGACAUGUGCUGUUGCUAGCUGGAAGUAGCUUGAAUGUUGGCAUGACAACAGAUGAAAUAGACUUCAUCGUGCACCAGGAAACCAUCAGGCACAAUGCUUACCCAUCGCCCCUCAGAUACGGAGGUUUUCCCAAGUCAGUCUGCACAUCUGUGAAUAAUGUGGUCUGUCACGGCAUACCUGACAGUCGGAAACUUGAAGAUGGAGAUAUUAUCAACAUAGACGUUACUGUGUAUUUGGAUGGUUACCACGGUGACACCUCAGAAACCUUCCUGAUUGGUCAGGUGGAUGAAGUUGGUCAGCGGCUGGUGGAGACGGCGAGACGCUGCAGAGAUGAGGCCAUAGCUGUAUGCAGGCCAGGUGCACAACUCUGUGUUAUAGGAAAUACUAUCAGUGAAAUAGUCCAAGCUAAUGGCUUUCAAGUGUGCCCAUAUUUCAUUGGACACGGGAUAGGCUCCUCCUUUCAUUGCCACCCUGAGAUUUGGCACCAUGCUAACGACAAUGACAUAAUCAUGGAGGAAGGAAUGGCUUUCACAAUAGAGCCCAUAGUGAUGGAGGGAUCUUCUGAGUUUAGGAUCUUAAAGGACAAAUGGACGGCAGUGUCUGUGGAUGAUAAGAGGUCAGCCCAGUUUGAGCACACAGUGAUCAUCACAUCUGAUGGAGUAGAGAUUCUCACCAAACUACCAGAAGAAAGUAAUCUCUGACAGGACGGCAUCUGACCAUUUGACUCCAGCUACACAACAUGAAAGACUGUUACGCUUAAAUAAGAUGGAUAGAGGUUUUUUUGUAUUGGUACAAAGAUUUUACAACUAUUGUAGAUUAUUUGUUCCGAAGUUUAAAGAUCUGUGCAUUCAUUGAGCUUCUGAUGUGCGCUCAGGGAAUUUCUGCUGCCACCAUAAGGAAGAUCAAAAGUUCUUUCAAAUAAAACUUAUUACAUACUAUUAAAUUUAAAAAGGACAAAAGUUCUUAAAGCACCCAUUGUAUGAUAUUUUUGUGUCUUUGUCAAAAAAGAGGCUUCAAUUUGUGAUGUGAGAGACAGCUUUAAACUAUAGUGAAUAAAUGACUUCCAACAACAAGAUCACACAUUCUUGACACACAAUUGUCUUUAAAGUGAUCAUUUAUGGUUAUACACAAAUGUCUUUAAAGUGAUCAUUUAUGGUUAUUUUUCCUAAUUAAACUGUAUUUGAAUAAUGUAUUUUAUGUUCAACCACUAGAUGGCAGCAUAUUUCAUUACUCAUCCAAAAUCUCACUGAGUCUGCCUUUUUAUAAAUGAAUUUGCUGCUAAGUUUUAUAAUAGAAAAUAUCUGGUUUUGAUGGGGUAUUGAAGAUACUGUUGCCCCUUUUGUGUUGUCUAACAUGGUGGGGUGAAGCAAAAGCACAAACCUACCUCAAAAACUGUUGGUUUGAUUCACUGUUGUUCCCAAAUGUUUUCUUUAGUCUCAACUACAAUCAAAAGGUUUACGGUUGUUCUUGUUUUGUAAAUAGUUUGCUUAAAUACAGUUUGGAUGUAGAAUGGAGACAGAAAUAAAGCUGUUGUUGAGUUGA